GCGUGUUCAGGCUAAAAACCCCACUGCUGGCGAAGAGUCACUCCACGAGCCAACAACGCCGAUAUCAAAACAGCUAGAUAUCUGCCUGGACUUGCGCGAACCCUUAGUGACAAUGAGCUCCAGGUUUUUCGCCCGCGGCGGCGACUCCGACAGCGAAAGCUCUGAAUCUGAGGAGUCUCUCUACGAUGUCGACGAGUCUGAGCAAGAGUCCGAGGAAGAGUCCGAGGAGGAAUCCGAGGAGGAGGAGUCUGAGGAGGAAAGUAGCGACGAUGACGGUGCUACUGGUGUAAACCGUUUCUUGAAGGCUGGCGCUGGUGGUGUCGACAGCGACGAGAGCGACGAGGAGGAGGGCGUGGUAGUCAAGUCUGCGAAGGACAAGAGGCUGGACGAACUGGAGGGUCUUAUCAAAAAGACUGAGGAUGGUUUGAAAAUACAAGACUUCCAGACCGCACAGAAACAUUACGAUGAGUUGAUCAGACUCGUGCCCAAUGUGACGCGGCAGAUGAACAACAAGACGCCCAAAAUCUUCAUUAAGAUGUUGGCUGAACUCGAUACCAACGUUGCUGAAGCAUACGAGAAAUCCAAGGUCACACCGAAGAAAAUGAAUGCGUUGAAUGCCAAGGCUCUGAAUUCGCUGAGACAAAAGGUUCGCAAGAUUUUAAGAGAGGAAGAUUACGCCAAGAGCGUGGAAGCAUAUCGCGAAGAUCCUGACGCAUUUAUGGAAGAGGAAGAGGAAGAAGAGGUCAUUGAAAAACCAAAAGUUUCGCGUGGCACUGGUCUUGCUCUGGGGACAACCAUUGGCUCUGUAGAUGACGCAGGCUUUGAGGUUGUUGGUCCCGGUGGCAGAACAUUGGCCUACACUCCAGAGUCGAUUCUCAAGAACUUGAGAAGCAUUGCCGAGUCCAGAGGUCGUAAAGGCACCGACCGAAUGGAGCAGAUCCGUAUCAUGGAACGGCUGAUGGAGGUGGCUGUCACUGAUUACCAGCGCAUUCGUGUGCUCAUUUCACUUAUCAGUGCUCGAUUCGAUACCUCCAACGUCACGACUGGUGCUAUUUCCGUUGAGCAGUGGAAACAAGCCCAUCAGGAAUUUGUUCAGCUUGUUGAUCUGCUCGAAAAGAAUAAAGAUCAGCUUGUUGUAGUGGAAGGUGUUGAAGAAUGGGAUGAUGACGAGAAGCAGCCAACCUUCACGCCUGGAAAACUGUUUACUAUUCCUGGCAGUAUCGUUGGUUCUGCGGAACGUUUGGAUGAUGAACUCACCCGAUCUUUGCUCUCAAUCGACCCACACACUUCGGACUAUGUCUCUCGCUUGACCGACGAGACUGCAGCAUACACAGACCUACUCAGAGCGCAGAUCUACGAAGAGAGAAUAAACAAGCAUGAUCAUUUGAAGGAUCGAGUUCAAGCUGAACGCAUCAACUCUGUCAUUCUGAAGCGUCUGGAACACCUUCAUUUCCGUCACAGCCAACUAGCAGAAAUGUUGGAAAAGGAUGCCUGGGCACAAAUUCCUGAGAGUAUUGAUAGCGACAUCUCGCCUCGAAAGCUCCAAACCCAACCGCAAGAGCUGAUCAAAGAACUUACAAACUUCCUUUUCAAGAAUAGCGAGGGCAUCCAGCGUGCUCGCGCUAUUCUCCAUCGCAUCUACUUCGUCGCGCUUCAUGAUCAAUACUAUGACGCAAAGAACAUGAUGUUGAUGUCGCAUUUGUCAGAGACCAUCGGUUCAUUUGACAUAGUCACGCAAAUUCACUACAACCGUACGCUUGUUCAAGUUGGCCUGGCAGCCUUUAGAUUAGGCCUGAUCUGGGAAUCGCAAACUGCUCUACAGGAGAUCUGCGGGUCAAACAGACAAAAGGAGCUCCUUGCCCAAGGUGUGCAGGUUCAACGAUAUUCCACUCUCACGCCAGAGCAAGAGCGUGCCGAGCGCCUACGACAACUACCCUUCCACAUGCAUAUCAACAUCGAGUUGCUUGAGGCUUGCUACUUGGUGGUUUCCAUGUUGCUUGAAAUCCCACUGCUGGCUUCUCUUGCCUCGCUGCCUGAUCAGAGAAGGAGAGUUAUCAGCAAGGCGUUCCGCAGAUUGCUCGACUACUCAGAGCGCAGCGUCUUCCAAGGCCCCCCUGAGAACACGCGCGACCACAUCCUGCAAGCUUCGAAGGCCCUUUCUGCCGGCGACUAUCAUAGGAGCGUUGAGCUAAUUCGAGCGAUCAAGAUCUGGGAUCUUAUACCAAACAAGGCAGACGAAAUCAGGAACAUGCUGGAAGGAAAAAUCAAGGAGACAGGCCUCGAGACAUAUCUACUAACCUAUGCGCCGUUCUAUGAAACGAUCUUCCUCUCCACCCUUUCUUCCAUGUUUGACCUAUCUGAACGUCAGGUCUCUGCUAUCGUCGCCAGGAUGAUUUCACACGAAGAACUAGCUGCAGCACUCGACCAAGUCAAUGGCGCUAUCAACUUCCGCAAGGGUGUUGAUCUGUCACGUCUGCAAGCCCUCGCCUUGACACUUAGCGAAAAGGCAUCUAAUCUCACCGAGAGCAAUGAGAGGGUUCUCGAGCAGCGAACACAAGGAACCGCAAAUGCAUUUGAGAGACAAGAUCGUGGAGGUCGUGGUGGAAGAGGUCGCGGACGCGGAGGUCUAGGCAGAGUCGGUGGUGGUGCUGGAAGGGGCAGAGGCCAAGGAUUCACAGGAGGUGCCCUAGGUAACGCGAUACGGACUUGAGAUGCUUGUGUCGGAAGUUACGAACCUGGAGUUUUCGGGCACAAGGAUAGAGCGGCAAAAGAAAGUAUGUUCAGAAAUCGCAUAUCAUCGAUUUGUGAGGCUCAAGUAGCACUACAUAUAUGCACAUCACGGUAUUACUAUUUGAAGCAUCUUUGAUCAAAACCAACUGCUUGCAUGCUUUUAGGCACGGGUAUCUUUUCAAAAGUCUAUCAUCAUCUCCAUGAAUCAAGUCUUCUUGGGCACCUUAGUAAAGAA